GACAUCAUUUAAUUUUUUUUUAAUUAAAUCAGAUUUUUACGAAAAUUAAACUAUCCUUAAAUUUAAAUAAGCUCCUCCUCCUCCGCUUAAAACCCGUUUGCACUUUCUGCCUUCUUCGCGCAGUAGCACAAGCACUUUACCACCAGCGCCACAAAAGCCAUGGAAUUGGAAGCCCAACAUCUUUAUUACAAUUCGAAUAGAAACCCAAUGGCAAAAUUUUAGGUUCGCUCUUAUCUCCUCAACUGACAGCUUUCCUAACAAUUUCUUUCCUUUUCUGUCCAUUUUUCUUUGUUCUUGGAUAUCCUUUUAAUUUCUGUCGUUUUCUCUUUUCCCUUUUUAGUGUUUUCUCUUAUUAAUAAUCAGCCAUUGGAUGCUUGCAUUACCAUUACAAUUGCUUUGUGUGUGUUUUGCGUCUAUGCACAUAAGAUGUUUGAUGUUUUUUCUAGCAGUCAAAAAAUGUAGUGCAAAUUAUGUAUUUGUUCUUGGAAUUUAUUUUUUAAUAAUGAUCGUAUUGGGAUUCCCUGCUUCUGUAAUCUCAUUAUUCAUAAGAAGCGAAAACAGCUUGUUUCCCUCUGUGUUGCGCGCUUGCUUUUAUUUUGUGCGUUUUGACUAAUCUUAACUGAUUUGGUGGGAUUCUGGGAUAUGUGAAUUCGGGCUCUGACUGGGUGGUGGAAAUGAGCUCAUGUGGUGCUUUUACAGAGGAGAGAGUUUUUAUUGGGGUUGCCACCCAGCAAGGGCUUCUUUUAGUCAUUAUGUAAUUUUCUGUGUUAAGUUUAACAGCUUUGAAUGACGAAGGAUCCUUUAGGGAUUUAGGUAUAAGUGAGAGAUUUAAUAUGAUAGGAGCGAACCUUCAGGAUUGAUUAUGGCUUGUUACAAAUAUGUAACAUAUUGAUAUAGAAUCACCCUUUGUAUGUAUCUGUUUCAAUUUUAGCUAUCGGUGAGCUGGUGCACAAACAGAACUAAACACAAAUGAGAAACUUAUGCGUGUCAAUUUUGUAAAGAACUUGUUACCUAAAUAGAGAUCUUACCAAUUUUCCAGUUACUGUUUCAUUGAAGGAGGUUGAUCGCAUAACACCACAGAAGGGUCAAGGUCAAGCAGAAAACUUUGCAAUUCCUGUUUCAAGUAUGUUGAGUAAGCAACAACUGGAACAAAGGUUAAUGCUUCAGUUAUUUAUGUUCCCUACCAUUUGCUGCAGCAGCUGUUAUGGAGGCAAUGGUAACUGAGUUGAGAUUUAUUGUCUGCAUUAGAGGGAAUCACUUAGCGUUAUCUGAAAAGCAUGCAGGCACUAGCUCUUUUGAGGCAUCGCCGGUUCUCACAAACAAUUAAUCAAACACUUUUUAUCCCCUCUUUAUUUGUCUAUCAAACACCUUAUACUUGCUUCAACUUUCUAAAUACCCACACAAUUGAUAAAUUUCCCAAGAAAAGCUUAGACCCAGAAGGACCGAAGUGCUUAUCUUCGAGAAUUGAGAAACUUCCGAGAGGAGAAUCAGUUGGAUAUGCCUUUCAAAGUUGGAUGGGCGAGGGUUUUCCCAUUCAUCGAGGUGAUGUUUUUCACACAAUUAAUCGCUUAAGGAAGCUCAGAUUAAACAAACGCGCACUUGAGGUGAUGGAAUGGGUAGUAAGGGAGAGGCCCUACAGGCUCAAGGAACUAGACUACUCUUAUUUGUUGGAAUUCACAACCAAACAUCAUGGGAUAUCACAUGGCGAAAAGCUCUUCUUGCAUGUCCCGUCUGAGUUUCAGAACGAGUUGCUGUAUAACAAUCUUGUAAUUUCAUGCUUGGAAAAAGGUGUCAUUAGGCUUUCACUUGAUUACAUGAAGAAAAUGAGGGAACAAGGUCAUCCCAUUUCAUAUUUGAUUUUCAACCGCCUUAUAAUCCUCCAUUCCUCACCUGGCAGUAGGAAAAUGAUCCCGAAAAUCCUUGCUCAAAUGAGGGCUGAUAAGGUGGUUCCCCAUGUUUCAACAUAUAAUAUCCUGAUGAAGAUUGAAGCAAAUGAACAUAAUGUUGAUGGGUUAGUGAAGGUAUUUAAUGAUAUGAAGAGAUUUAAAGUUGAGCCGAAUGAAGUAUCUUUCUGCAUAUUAGCUACCGCGCAUGCAGCGGCAAGGUUGUAUACUGUGGCUGAAGCAUAUGUUGAAGCUGUGGAGAAGUCAUGUAGUGGAGACAACUGGUCAACACUUGAUGUUUUGAUCAUAUUGUACGGGCAUUUAGGAAAGGAGAAGGAACUAGAAAGAACUUGGGGCAUUGUACUAGAACUGCCUCAUGUUAGGUCUAAAAGUUACAUGCUUGCAAUUGAAGCAUAUGGUAAAAUUGGACAGCUUAGCCGAGCUGAAGAGCUUUGGUUAGAGAUGAAGUCAAUACAUGGGUUGAGAUCAACUGAGCAGUUCAAUUCCAUGUUAUCCGUGUAUUGUAAACAUGGGCUUAUUAAGAAAGCAACUGGGAAUUUUAGGGAAAUGGAGAUAAAUGGGUGCAAAGCAAAUUCCAUAACUUUUCGUCAUCUUGCAUUGGGUUGUUUAAAGGCUAACUUGGUGGAGGAAGCCUUAAAGACUCUAGAAAUGGGGAAAAACUUGACAACAAGCAAUAGGGUAAAGAAUUCAACCCCAUGGUUGGAGACCACUCUAUCAAUAAUUGAACUUUUUGCAGAAAAGGGUGAUGUAGUCAACGUUGAGAAAUUGUUUGAAGAACUUGCGAAAGCAAAGUACGUAAGGCAUACAUUUGUAUUCAAUAUUUUAAUAAAGGCUUACGUGAAAGCCAAGAUUUACAGUCCAAAUCUCUUGAGAAGGAUGAUUUUAGGGGGUGCUAGGCCAGAUGCUGAGACAUAUAGCCUGAUCAAACUUGCUGAGCAGUUUCGACCCUGAUUUUGAUAUGCUCAAAAAGAAUUGACAACAAGCAAUAGGGUAAAGAAUUCAACCCAGUGGUUGGAGACUACUCUUUUAAUAAUUGAAUUUUUUGCAGAAAAGGGUGGUGUAGUUAAUGCUGAGGAGUUUGAAGAACUCACAAAAACAAAGUACACAAGGGAUGCUUUUGUAUUGAAUAUCUUAAUAAAGGCUUAUGUGAAAGCCAACAAUCCAAAUCUCUUGAGAAGGAUAUUUUAGGGGGUGCUACGCCAGAUGCUGAGACAUAUAGCCUGAUGACAGUUUCGACCUGAUUCUGUUACCGUCAGAAGAUUUCAUAGACGACAGUAUGGCAUAAAGAAUAGUCCAGUGGUGGUGGAGACAUAAAACAAGAAGUCAGUAAUGCUAAGGGACGGUGGUGCAAGUGAUGACACCGAAUAUUUUUUUUGAAGGUCGGAUCAUUCAUAAAGUUGCAGCUAUAGCCAACUUACCAGGCUGCUGCUAUGAUGCUUCUACCAUGUUUUCUGCAAUUGGAGGCCAUCUGAUCGUCUCGAUGGGGCUGUGAUAUGAUUGUGGGCAGCAAUUACUGAUGUUUCCUGUGUUUUUCAUCACCACAAGUGCUCUGAGCUGCUGCUAUUGCAAUUUUUAUUUGUUGCUGCCGAAAUUAUUAUUUAUCAAUGUGGUUGCUAUGUUCUCUUCUUUGACGGCUACCUGUGGUUUUCUGCUCUCAUUGAUAUUAUGGUUCGUCUAAUUUCUUCUGGAAUUCUUUCACCCAGUUUUGCUUCUCGUAAUAAAAAUUAUGUUUUGUUUCUUGUAUUAUCGAAACAAAAAAUAAUAUAAUAUUUGCUAAUUAGAUUUA